CCUCACUCCACCAGAUCCAAACGCACAGACACCCUAAUUCCACAAUGGAGGAGGCGUUGGAGUUGGCACGGGCCAAGGACACGAAGGAGAGAAUGGCGGGCGUGGAGAGACUCCACCAACUUCUAGAAUCUUCUAGGAAGACUCUAUCUUCGGCGGAGGUCACCUCGCUUGUCGAUGUCUGCUUGGAUCUGUUGAAAGACAACAAUUUUAGGGUUUCUCAGGGGGCACUUCAAGCGCUCGCCUCCGCCGCCGUUCUAUCCGGCGAUCACUUGAAGCUUCACUUCAAUGCCUUGGUUCCGGCAGUCGUUGAAAGGUUGGGUGAUGCCAAACAGCCCGUUCGCGAUGCGGCUAGGCGACUUUUCCUCACUCUCAUGGAGAUUUCUUCACCAACAAUCAUCGUUGAAAGAGCAGGGUCUUAUGCCUGGUCACACAAGAGCUGGAGAGUUCGAGAAGAGUUUGCACGGACUGUCACAUCAGCAAUUGGCCUUUUUGCAUCUACAGAGCUCCCUCUUCAACGAGCUAUUCUUCCUCCUAUUUUGCAGAUGUUAAACGACUCAAAACCUGAUGUUAGGGAUGCAGCUAUAUCGUGCAUUGAGGAGAUGUAUACUCAAGUUGGGCCUCAAUUCCGUGAUGAACUUCAGCGUCAUCAUCUUCCUACAUCGAUGGUAAGGGAUAUUAAUGCCAGAUUGGAGAGGAUUGAACCAAAGAUUCGCUCUUCAGAUGGACUUGGGAGUAAUUUUCCUGCUGGUGAGGUUAAGCCUGCCAGUCUUAAUCCCAAAAGAAGCAGUCCGAAGGCCAAGAGUUCCACACGUGAGGUGUCCCUAUUUGGAGGUCAGGAUGUAGUACUAUAA